AUGACACAUUCUUUUGAGAUCUCGGACUUGUACAUAUUCAGCCUGAGCAAGUCGGUGCUCAGCUCGUUGGAGCUCAUGUACUUUGACUCGCAGACGCUGGAGGCGAAGCCCAAAGAACAGGAACAGGUAUCGAACACUGGCUAUAUUUCGAGGCCCCAGCCCAGAGUCGAAGAAGACGAUUUCGAGCGGUUCAACCGCAAGAGAUCGUCGGCCGGGCUCACCACAGUCAGCGAGGAUCAGUUCGAGGACAUGAUGGACCAGCUGAGUAUUUCUGGGUCGGAAAGUGACUCUGAGAACGACGAGUCCACAGUCAGCUACCUCAACACGCAGUCUCCGUUCGUUUUGUUUCAGAGCCCAUUGCUCGACGCAGGACUUUGCUUUGGUGCCUACAAAACCGUGCUGAACGCAAAGAACGAAGAUCCGCUGGAGAACCUGAAAAAACUUGCAUCAUUGGGCUCCGGCAAAAGCGCACUAUUCAUGCUGGGAGGAGGCCAUUUUGCCGGGGCCAUUAUCUCUCACGAGCCAAUCAGCACAAAAGGGAACCAUGGGUCGGCAGAGGAGCUGAGAAUGCAAAGUGUGCGGUUUCUGCACCACAAGACGUUCCAUAGAUACACAACCAGACGGAAGCAAGGAGGCGCCCAAAACGCCAGCGAUAAUGCCAAGGGAAAGGCCAAAAGUGCCGGUUCGACGCUGAGAAGAUACAACGAACAGGCGUUGGAGCAGGAUAUUCGCAAUCUGUUGGCCGAGUGGAAGAAGGAGCUGGACGGAUGCGAGUACAUAUUCAUCAAGGCGAGCGGAUCGGCGUCGCACAAAAUCAUCGUUGGGUAUGCGAACUCGCCCAUUCAGAACGACGAUCCGCGAGUCAGACAUUUCCCUUUCACCACGAAAAGACCAACGUCGUCCGAGCUGAAGCGCGCCUGGAUCGAACUGAGCUAUUUGAAAAUACUGGACCUGCCAAAAGCACGAAAAGACGAGGUGGAGCGCGAGCAGCGUCAGCAGGAAGCUCUCGCCCGAAGCCGGGUCCAGAAGCAGUCGGCAACUCCAAAACAGGACUCCCCAGAAAUGGAGAUAUCCAGGGAGCUGGUCAGUCUGCUCAAGCGGUCCAAAGCUCCGGCUCUAAUUUCGUUUGUGAAAAAAAAUAAAGUUGACGUGAACAUGGAGUUGCAACCAGAGACAGAAUUCGCCAACACGCCGACCAUGUUGCAUUUCGCGGCCGCCAACAAGCUCAGCCACAUGUGUCAGGUUCUGCUAGUAAACCUGAAAGCCGACCCGGCGAUCACGAACCGCCACGGCCGCACCGCCUACGAACUUGCUUCGCAGCAUGCCAGAUUUUCUUUCCAGGUGGCUAGAAAUAUUCUGGGAGAGGACUACUGCGACUGGGACGCGGCGAAGGUGAAAGAGCCGAUGACAAAGGAGGAGGUGGAGUCAAUACUCAAUGAAGAGAAAAGACAGAAUGAAGAAGAGGCAAAAAAGCUAAUAGACGAGCAGCUCGAGAAGGCCAAGCAGGAAGCAGAGGAAGAGCAUACCAAAAAAUUUGGCCGCGGAAAGCCGCUCGGGAUCACCGAGCAGCAGAACCUCAGCUCUCUUACGCCCGAGCAGAGAAUGCGUGUGCUGCGCGAACAGCGCGCUCGUGCUGCUGAGGCGCGUCUAGGCAAGCUGGGUAAGUAG